AUGACGUUGCACAAAAUCUAUGACUACGAUUUUAAGUAUGAUAUUGCACUAGAAUCAGUUUUUAUGCAACCGCAUCAUAAUUUCAUACUUCCAUUUAUACAUAAAAGGUUUAAGUCUACUUCAAUUUCUACUGCAAAAAAAACGAUAUACAAGUACUGUAAAAAAACAGGUAGACCUAGAAAACUAUGUUCUAAGGAUGAAUUCUUGCUUGUUUUAAUGAAGCUGAGAUUAGGAAGGCUACAUCAUGAUUUGGCUGUAAGAUUUAGUAUUGGAGUAUCAUCUUGUUUUGAGAUUUUUCAAUCAUGGAUAAGAGCAAUGGCUAAAUCAUUAACAUGUGUUAUUUUUACUCCUGAUCAAGAAAUUAUGCGUGCUAUUACACCUGUAAGAUUUGGAAAAUAUUCGGACAUAAUAGGCGUGAUUGAUUGUUCAGAAAUAUUUAUUGAAACACCAAAAAAUUUAGAGCUGCAAGCAACUAUCUGGUCAGAGUACAAGCAUCAUAAUAUUAUGAAGUUUUUAAUAUCAGUAGGACCUAAUGAAUUUAUAACAUUAAUUUCUGAAGCAUACACUGGAAGAUGCUCAGACAAGUUUAUUACAAACAAUUCAGACUUUUUAAAAACUGUUCCUUCGCAUUCCAGAAUAAUGUCAGACAAAGAAUUUUCUAUUGUAAAUGAAUGUUCAAGUAGCAGUAUUUACUUUACAGUCCCUCCUGGCAGACAUGGCGUUUCGCAAAUGACACCUACUUAUUUAAUAAAGACAACUGAGGUGGCAAAACUGAGAAUAUUGGUAGAACAGGUUAUACGCAGGUUUAAAACGCACAGAAUUUUAUCUAGUGAAUUUCUAAUGACUAUGUUACUACAUUUAAAUGACAUUUUAAUUGUGUGUGCAGCACUAUCAAAUCUAAAGGUUCCUAUAAUGGUUGACUGA